AUGGCUUCUUCGGAGGAGACACAGUAUGGAAAUGGAGGUGGAGGAGGUGGUGGUGUUAAGGACACCGUUGAACUACCCGAAAAAGAAGCCCCAAAUGGCACCCAAGAAGCAGGCAGCAGAAACGAAGGCCUAGGGAACGACCCAUCAUACAGUCUCGCAAACUCCAACGCACAAAACGCAAAUGCCGGCAGAAACCAAAACGGCACAUACUUAGACGGUGAAUACCAAAACUAUAACCCACAAUACGGCCAAGAAGACGAUGGCCCAACAUGGUCUCUCGCACAGCCAUUGCCUCACAUCGUGCGACCAGGUAUGCGCCACGGUGCGUUACCAGAAGACCGCAAGCAAAACGCAGAUGAUAUGAAACGGCACGGCGAAGAUCCAAGCCAGAAGAGCGCCGCGCAGAAACAGCAGGCGAGUGAUACGCGUGUGAGACAGAACAAGGAUACAGAUGAACAAGGGUUCUUCAAUACAUGGACUAAGAUUCGGCAUUAUCUUCGGGAGCCACUGGCCGAAUGGCUUGGAACAACAGUAGCCAUGACAAUAGGCAUUUGCGCAACCCUCUCAAACUUCACCUCAAACGGCCAAGGAGGCUCCUACUCAACCCAAAGCGCAGCCUGGGGCUUCGGCUUCAUGGUCGCCAUCUACACGACUGGUGGUAUAUCCGGUGGCCACUUGAACCCAGCAAUUUCAAUCUCGCUCUCUGUCUUUAGAGGAUUCCCCGCGCGGAAGUGUAUAAUUUACAUCGCGGCCCAGCUUCUCGGGGCGAUUACCGCGGGCGGGUUCGCGUACGCACUUUAUCACGAUGCCAUUGUGGAAAUUGCGGCUGCGUCGAAGGUUCCGCAGAAUGCUAGUGCGGCCAUGUCUGCGCUGAUCACUAUGCCCAAGUCCUUUGUGCAUCCUGCCUCGGCGUUUUUUACCGAGUUCGUUGGCAGUGCUUUUCUCAUCGGGGCUAUUCUUGCGCUGGGUGAUGAUACCAAUGCGCCACCUGGAGCUGGUAUGCAGGCGUUUAUUUUGGGGAUCUUGAUUACGGUUAUUAUUCUUGCGCUGGGGUAUAAUACUGGCGGAUGCUUCAACUGUGCCCGUGAUUUCGGCCCUAGACUUGUUGCUCUCAUGGCUGGAUGGGGUGGUCAACUCUUCCGUGAAUACCAUGCUUGGUGGGUUUGGGGACCUUGGUGUGCUGAUAUUAGCGGUGCAUUGUUCGGAGCUUUGAUCUACGAUAUGGCUGUUUUCACUGGUGGUGAAAGUCCCGUUAACUACCCACCACGUCGACGCAAGCGUGCCAUUCGGGUGAGAUCAUUGAACGUGCGGAAAAAGCUCGGUAUUGGGAAGAGGAGGAUUGGCGAUCUGGAGAGAUCUGUUCGGGAGACCGAAUAA